AUGAAUAUGGGGACAUCCGUUCGCCGGAAUCUCUUCCAUCAGAAUCUGAGCCGCCGUCCUGCAUCUACAGGACCUCAGAAUGGGCCAGUACUUCCGGGGAAUAAUGGCCUCUCAAACCGCCCCUCCAACAGACUGAAGCCAACCGCCUCCGACUCCUCUACUCGAAACAUGAAGCUGUCAGAAAACAAGGACAUUGUGGUGCGCGAUAGGAAUGGAGGCUACAAGCUUGACAUGCCUGCGUUACCGAGCAGCAACCUUGCUGGUGAUAAUGGGGAGGAACUUGAUGAGCUUGAGACCGGCGAAAACAGUUUUGAGUCAUUUGAGGUUGAGCGGGAGAAAGAGAGUUUCGAGGCUGCACUGGUCGAGAUGAUGAUUCGGCAUCGCAACAGACAGUCCAGUGGUGAGCCCGAUGAAAUUCUUAAUAUUGUUCAUCAGAGCUUGCUCAAAAAGGCCAGUUCCUUGGACGAUGACAAUUGGAUGUUUGAGCCGGAAUUCGAGACCCGAGUCUAG